AUGACUCCUCAUCUACGUUCAAAGCUUGACAGCAACAACAGCAGGGGCAGCAGUUCUAUUGAAGACACCGCAGACCACCUCCUGGCAGCGCUCAAAGAUGGUCAGCUUACAGUCAAGAGCAAACUCUACGAGUUCUGCAAUGCGUUCGACCUCAAAGAUACAUAUUGGAAGGCUUUCUACGACGAACUAGCGGAGAAAGUUUGCAGUUCAUCCUCAUGGACUGGCAUGAAAGACGUCAAAAAGCGAAGUCUGGUGGCCGAGUCGUUCAUCGAACAGGUUGGCCCUAAGUACUGGGGUCUCGCCAAUCGGAAGAAAUACCUUCAGGAGAAGUAUCUGCAAGAGGGUACAGUCAGUACAUACCCUCGCCAUAGGAAGUCGUGA